GAGGCUGUAACAGCAAAAUUUCUUGUUUUUAUCACGUUACGUACGUAACAAAUGGCUUGACAGUAACUGGAUAAUUAAUAACGUUAAGGAGAGAAGCGAAACAUAAUGGUCACCUACGAUUGCAAUUGCAAGGAUAUUGCAAUUACGGAGGGAAUCUUUGGAGAAAUUUAUGCCGAAUCUGCGGAGGAUAAGAUACGUCGUUAUGAUAGUAAAGAAUAUUAUAAGGAAGCUGAAAGUAAAGGAGUCCAGUUGACGCCAGUAAAAUCGUACACGAUGAUCAAUAAGAAUCGCUUAGAGAUUGUCGUCAUUUCCUGGGGUGCCACAAUCGUUUCUUUGAAGUAUCCCGAUAAGUUUGGCCGUGUCGCGGAUGUUGUGCUCGGUUUCGAUGAUUUGAAGAGCUAUACGAAUCCCCAAAUUAAUCCGUUUAUAGGAUGUAUAUUGGGCAGAUGCGCGAAUCGCAUAAGAAACGGCAGCAUUGUCAUUAAAGGCAAAACUUAUCAACUAACGAGAAACGAUCUCGGCAAGCAUCAUCUGCACGGAGGCACGAAGGGCUUUGGCCGGCGGUUGUGGGAGUCGCAUAUCGACGGCUGCUCAGUCGUCAUGACUUACUUAAGCGAAGACGGCGAAGAGGGAUAUCCUGGCGCAGUAUUGAGCACAGUGAGAUUCAGGUUGACGCCUGACAAUAAGCUGGAAAUAGGUAUCCGGGCGACAACGACAAACUCCACCAUAGUGAACAUCUCGCACGGUUCUUUGUUCAACCUCGCUGGACAUGACGCCGGUAAGGAGGAACUGGUGAAGCACAAGAUCUCAUUGAACUGCGAUCGCUGGACCUUCGCGGAUUACACGGAUCCGAUACCAACCGGCGGCAUCCGAGGAGUCGGAGGAACCGUCAUGGAUUUGCGUGUACCGAAACUUCUGGAGAGCUGUAUUGAGAAGGUUCCUCCGGGCGAGGGAUACGAUCAUAACUUCUGCGUUACGCCGAACUGGCACGGGGGUAAUGCGUACGUCGCUCAAGCAGUCCACCUGAAAAGCGGUCGCACCUUGGAGAUUUAUUCGAAUCAGCCUGGCGUACAGUUCUAUACAGGCGGCCGUUUAUGCAGUACUUCUGAGGCUAACAGUGACAUUGUCGUUAAAUAUGACAACAGCCCGAAUCGCGAGGAGGAUAAUGAGAAAGAAAAGAUAACUGAUCAAAUAGAAAAAGAUGUAACAUCUGACCGCGAAUCGCCGGAAUUUAUUUCGGGGAAGCAAGGUGCUCGCUAUGUGAAGCACUGUGCUUUCAGCAUUCAACCGCAAAACUAUCCAAAUGCCAUUAAUUAUUCGCACUUUCCCUGUUCUAUUCUACAACCCGGAGAAAUCUAUUGUCAUGAUUUAAUUUAUCAAUUCGGCAUCCAAUUGGCUAAUUACAUGUGAUGCAUUUCUAAAGUAGAAAAACAUCGAGCCUGCACCUGGCACAGAAAAUAUUCGAACGUGAUGCUACAAUCAUGAAGUACUAUAACUGAAACAUAUUAUAUAUCUUUAAAAACAUUUUUAUUAAAUUAUCACAAUC